AUGGCUGUGGCGGCGAGGAGCCUGGCGCGGGUUGGCCGGGCCUGGCCGCUGCGGCGCUGGUACCGCACGGAGCGGGGAGUGUACGGCUACAAGCCCCGCAAGGCGGAGAGCGCGGUCGCCCCGGAGCCAAGCGGGGUCUGCGUGGGCGGCAGAGCAGCUGAUCAUGGCCUUGCUCGUUUAGUAACUGCAUACUGUGAACAUGGCCACAAAGCUGCCAAAAUUAACCCUUUGUUUGCUGGCCAAGCUGUGAUGGACAUGGUACCUGAAAUUCGAGUGCUGACAGAAGUGCUUCAGGGACCUUUCAAUACCACAGGGCUCCUGAACAUGGGAAAGGAAGAGGCUUCCUUAGAGGAUGUGUUGACUUAUCUUGACCUCAUAUAUUGUGGACAUAUUUCUAUAGAAACAAGUCAGCUGUCAAGCUUGGAGGAGAGAGAAUGGUUUGCUAAAAGGUUUGAGCAAUUAAAACAGGAGGCAUUUACAACAGAAGAGAGAAAGCAUUUGUCUAAAGUGAUGUUAGAAUCUCAGGAGUUUGACCGCUUCUUGGCCAACAAAUUUGCAACAGUGAAACGAUACAGUGGUGAAGGAGCAGAGAGCAUGAUGGGGUUUUUUCAUGAGUUGCUAAAGAUGUGUGUGUAUACUGGGGUGACAGACAUCAUUCUUGGAAUGCCUCAUCGAGGAAGGCUUAAUCUCCUCACUGGGCUGCUUCAGUUUCCACCUGAGCUGAUGUUCCGUAAAAUGCGUGGCUUAAGUGAGUUUCCAGAGAAUUCGCCAGCUAUUGGGGAUGUCCUGUCCCACCUGACGUCCUCUGUAGAUCUAGACUUUGGUUCACACCGACCUCUGCAUGUCACCAUGUUGCCUAAUCCAUCACAUCUAGAAGCAAUUAAUCCGGUGGCUGUUGGCAAGACACGCGGAAGACAACAGUCUCUUCUUGAUGGAGAUUACUCGCUAGACAGUGCCGCACAACCUGGAGACAAAGUCAUCUGCCUACAGGUUCAUGGUGAUGCUGCUUUCUCUGGUCAAGGGAUUGUUCCUGAAACGUUGACACUCUCUAAUCUCCCACAUUUCAGAGUUGGUGGAAGCAUCCAUUUGAUUGUUAAUAAUCAGCUGGGUUACACCACUCCUCCAGAGCGAGGAAGAUCGUCGCUAUACUGUAGCGAUAUUGGUAAGAUAAUUGGGUGUGCAGUUAUCCAUGUAAAUGGUGACGAUGCUGAAGAAGUCAUCAGAGCGACGCGAUUAGCUGUUGAAUACCAGCGCUGCUUCCGCAGGGAUGUGAUAGUAGACUUGCUGUGCUACAGACAGUGGGGCCACAAUGAACUCGAUGAGCCAUUCUUCACCAACCCCAGCAUGUAUAAAAUCAUCAGAUCCCGUAAGAGUAUCCCAGACAUGUAUGCAGAGCGUCUAAUAGCCAGUGGGCUCAUGACUGAGGAUGAGGUAUUGGAGAUAAAGACUUCAUAUUACUCCAAGCUGAAUGAUCAUCUAGCCAACAUGAUGAUGUAUAGCCCCCCUUCGACCAACCUGCAAGCUCACUGGAGUGGCAUGGUGGAACCCUCUGCUAGGAUCACCAUUUGGGACACAGGCCUGCCUCUUCCACUCCUGCAAUUCAUCGGCAUCAAGUCUGUGGAGGUGCCUGAAGAGCUCCAGAUGCACAGUCAUCUUUUGAGGACGCAUGUACAGGCAAGAAUACAGAAAGUGAAGGAAGGCACGAAGUUGGACUGGGCUACAGCUGAAACGUUAGCUUUUGGUUCACUACUCAGCCAAGGGUUUAAUAUCCGACUAAGUGGUCAGGAUGUUGGCAGAGGAACCUUCAGCCAACGACACGCAAUGUUGGUUUGCCAAGAGACAGAUGAAACCUAUGUCCCGCUGAAUCAUCUGUCUCCGGAUCAGAAAGGCUUUCUAGAGGUGAGCAAUAGCCCCCUGUCUGAAGAAGCUGUGCUUGGUUUUGAGUAUGGAAUGAGUAUUGAAAGCCCCAAGUUACUGCCAAUUUGGGAGGCCCAGUUUGGUGAUUUCUUUAAUGGAGCCCAGAUAAUAUUUGACACUUUCAUCUCUGGAGGUGAAGCUAAGUGGCUCCUGCAGAGCGGGAUAGUCAUUCUUCUUCCCCACGGCUAUGAUGGUGCAGGCCCUGAACACUCUUCCUGCCGAAUGGAACGUUUCUUACAGAUGUGUGACAGUGCAGAAGAGGGAGUUGAUGGUGACAACGUGAACAUGUCAGUUGUGCAUCCAACCACCCCAGCACAAUAUUUCCAUUUGCUCCGUAGGCAGAUGAUCCGAAACUUCCGGAAACCUUUAAUUGUUGCUUCUCCCAAAAUGCUACUCAGAUUUCCAGGGGCAGUGUCAAAUUUUCAAGAAAUGGCUCCAGGGACAACAUUCAAGCCUGUAAUUGGUGAUUUGUCAGUGGAUCCUAACAGCAUCAGCCGAGUGGUGCUAUGUUCUGGCAAGCAUUACUAUGCUUUGGUGAAACAGAGAGAGGCACUAGGAGAGAAGCAGCACAGUACUGCUAUCGUCAGACUAGAAGAACUGUGUCCUUUUCCCCUGGAAGCUCUACAGCAAGAGAUGAACAAGUACAAAAAUGCCAAAGAUUUUAUUUGGAGUCAGGAGGAGCCACAGAACAUGGGUCCCUGGGCCUUCGUGUCACCAAGGUUUGAGAAGCAGUUGGCAUGUAAGCUCCAUCUUGUGAGUAGACCUCCUUUACCAGCCCCAGCAGUAGGCAUUGGAACACUACACCAGCAGCAACAGGAAGACCUCCUUGCCAAAACUUUUGUGUAAGGCCUCUCUACUUAGAAACCAGUUUCUUAUAAUAUUUGUAAACUCCUUACAAGGAAAACCCCUUGGCCUUUUCAUCCUAAAAAGGAAGAACAAAUCAGGAACUGUUCUGGAAAAGAGCAGACAGUUCUUUAAAUGUACGGAUGCAACAAAACCCAUAAUGACCUCAGCCUGUGUGUAUUACGCAGAGGAUAAUUCUCACUAUCCUUUUUGUAUUUUUUUAUUAUUAUUAUAUAAAAACAACAGAUCUGCAGUGAGAUGAGUCAGUUAACUAGGAAAUCAAAUGUUUCAUUUAUAAAGCAUUAUCCCACAUAGCAGUACAAAUCCAUAGUUCUUUGAUAUUCAUUUGUGGGAAGUUUUCCCUUGACUUUAAAUUUAGAUUUUUAAACCUCAGUGGAUGUUUAAAAAUUGAAUAAUGCCUUCAAAUAUGGCAUUUCUAUAACAAUAAAGUGUUUUUCAUUGGCCUUUGAGAACCAGGUUUGAUGGGUCUCAGUCCCUUUUUCUCUGAGUGGGCAGAGGUGGGGGAAAAUACCACCACACUUGGGUUCCCUGAUUGACAAUUUCAGCUGAGAAUUGAAUGAGCCAUGGACACAACUAUCUUCUCACCCCUGAGCAGUGCCUCUCCUUCUGGGUUGAAGCACAAUGGCUGGGCAGUGUAUGGGAAAAUGACAGUGCUGGCUGCCUAUGUUGUGUUUAUUCUGAGGAUAAACAGAGAGCUCUAGCCUCCAGGACUGUGAAACCAGCACCUUUCUUCAACAAAAAAUUCACUCACCCAUUUUUAAAGAAUUAACCAUUGCUUUCUGAGAUGUGAUGUAUCAAAAUGGCUGUUUACCUUGUUCAUUUCUGUUGCUCAUAUCCCAACACUCUUGAAUAUGAAACAUCAGACAUUUAGUGCAUGUAUUACUGUAAUACAAUACUAAUUUUUCAUCCAAUAUUUCCAUUUCCAAACCCUUUCUGUGCUGAAUUCUGUAACUAUUGCAAUCUGAGAACACAUCUCUAACAUGCAGCUGUCUGUUCUUAGUGGAUGAGAAAUGUUGCUGCAGUUCAUUAGUUUAACUCUUGUCUUAGCUUUUGAAAAAGAUUUGAAUGGCAGAAAUACAUGCAGCGUAAUACAA